AUGGUAUUUCUUCCUCUGAUACAGAUCAUAAAUUCAAAUCAAUCAUCUUCUGACGUAUAUGCCAUCAGCACUUUGAAUAGCACAACAGCAGAAACAAGAAAUUGCAACAUAUUUUCUGGACAUUGGAGUCCUUAUCCUAAAGGACCUUAUUACAAUAAUGAAACAUGUCCAUACAUAAUAGAGCAUCUAAACUGCAUCAAGUUUGAACAACCUGACAGAGAGUUCCUCAAAUUGAGGUGGGAACCUUAUGAUUGUGAGCUUCCACUAUUCAAUGCAAAAGAAUUCUUGAGGCUUGUACAAGGAAAGUCAAUGGCCUUUGUUGGAGACUCUAUUUCCAGAAAUCAAAUUGCUUCAUUAUUGUGCCUCAUAAACAGUGAUGCUAAUCUUGUUGAUGUUACAAGAGAAUAUACAUCUGAGGACAAUGCACCUUAUUUCAAAUUGUGGUACUGCAUUAAACACAAUUUUACUCUAACAAUAGUAUGGUCCCCUUUUCUAGUUAAAGCCAUGGAUGAUGAUCCCUAUGGCUAUGAUCAUUCACUUAGCAGGGCCAUGAACCUUUAUCUUGACGAGCCGGAUGAAGCUUGGGUCAACAAAAUUGUGAAUUUUGACUAUGUAAUUAUCUCAACAGGACAAUGGUUCUUAAGUCCCAUGAAUUUCUUUGAAAAUGGUGAAAUUGUUGCAAAUAAAAGGAGUAAAGAGGACAUGGAACAUAACUUGUACGGGUACAGAAAGGCAUUUCAAACUUGCUUUAGAACUAUCAAAAACCUUAAAGGGUUUAAAGGUUCAACAUUUUUAGUGACUCACUCUCCAAACCACUUUGAAUAUGAAAAAUGGAAUGAAGGUGGGUAUUGUAACAGAACAAAGCCCUAUACCAAAGAAGAAAUGCUCAAGUAUUAUAAUCAUUGGAAUGUUCUGAAAUCAUUUCAUGAUGUACAAUUGGAGGAAUUUAGAGAAGCAGAAAAGGAAGCUAGGAAAAAGGGGUUGCAAUUUGGUUUGAUUGAUGUAAGUGAAGCUAUGGCCAUGAGGCCUGAUGGACAUCCUGGUAAAUAUGGCCAUUUAUAUUACAACAAUGUUAAGGUUACUGAUUGUGCUCAUUGGUGUUUGCCGGGUCCUGUUGAUACAUGGAACCAGUUUUUGCUCUAUAUGAUGAAGGGGAUAAGCACUCCAAUUUAA